AUGGCCUCAUCCCUGGCCGUCGAGUGGGCAAAAGCUGGGAUCAGGGAAAAUCAAGAGUUGAAGGCAGGUCCCGAGAAACCCCUUAAAGCUGAGAUGAUGGGGAGUCCGGAGGAAUUGAAGGGCGCAGUUGUAUUUUUGGCAUCGGAUGCAUCGAGCUAUGUUACUGGCAGCGAGUUGAGA